GGUGUUGCCUCGGUCUCAGAGCUGAAGACAGGAUUCCCAUUCCAGACUCAGUCCCCGUUACGCACGCAGCGACGCCGCCGUCCCUCUCGCACUCUGCUCCGAACACACUCGACUAACGGGCCACCAUGGGAGUCGAAGGCUGCACCAAAUGUAUCAAGUACCUGCUUUUCUUCUUGAACUUCAUCUUCUGGCUCGCUGGAGGUGUCAUCCUGGGCGUGGCCCUGUGGUUGAGGCACGAUCCCAAGACCAGCAACCUCCUGGAGCUUGAGUUAGAUGGAGCCCACGCACCCAGCACCUUCUACAUCAGUGUCCACAUCCUGAUCGCUGUCGGCGCAGUGAUGAUGGUGGUCGGCUUCCUCGGAUGCUAUGGCGCCAUCCAAGAGUCCCAGUGUCUUUUGGGAACUUUCUUCGCCUGCCUGGUCAUCCUGUUCGCCUGCGAAGUUGCAGCCGGAAUCUGGGGCUUCAUGCACAAAGACACUGUGUCGACGGAGAUGACCAACUUCUAUGACACUGUGUACGAUAAGGGUAUGACCCAAAGCAUCACUGACCCGGAAAAGAAACAUGCUACCGCCACUGUGCUCAAGGUCUUCCAUGAGACGCUGAACUGCUGCGGUAAAGGCCAUGGGACCAGCUUCCUGACAAAGGUUACGGACACGCUUGGCAUGACUGACAUCUGCCCACAAUCUGGAGUUUCAACUAGCUGCCACUCGAGGAUCGAGGAAUUGUUCACGGAUAAGAUCUACCUGAUUGGUAUCGCCGCCCUGGUGGUCGCAGUUAUUAUGAUCUUCGAGAUGAUCUUCAGCAUGGUGUUGUGCUGCGGGAUCCGCAACAGCCCGGUGUACUAAAGCGACGGGCUGCCCGCCGAUGAAGGAGGGACAACCGCUCCGUCUCCCGUCUCGUUCUUUUUCAUUUUCUUUUAUAAAGCAGAAAAACGUCACAUAUAUUGCUUGCUGGAUUUAGUCAGCUCUUUGAGAAGACAACGUAGACCAUCCUCCAUUGAGCAUUUAAAUUACACUGUCAACUAUUAUUAUAUAUUUUUUUUUUUUGUUCGUCACAGAUGCUGUUAUGCAUAUUUGACCAAUGCUAUCCUAACCCCGAUAUGUAGAUAUUAUACCACACUGUCACACAUGAAUGACGUCCACCAGGUCCUGGUGCUCUAAUCCUUUAGUGACGCAUUAGUGGCUUUACUGCUUCCUCGCCUAUGAACAUGCUCUUAUAUUCUUGGUUUUAAUGGAUGUUUUUUCACUGUUUUAUGUAUAAACUGUACAUAAAUAUAUAUAUUAACAGUGCUUUAUGACUGCCUAAGCAUGGAAACUGCAUUACAGUAGAUCCUUCUCCUGUAUCCUUCCUGCACUCUCUGCUUGUCUGUCUUGCUCUAGACUGAACCAGAUGAUGGUGUACAUGACCGGCGCUAGUGAAGCACUAGUGUUGGCCUCACCACACCACAUAAGAGGAGAACACACGCGAACACACCAUAGUCCCUGUCCUACAACACCAUUGUCCUGGUUCACACCCACGCCGCUGUGUGAUGUCGGCAGGAACUGACUAAAGAAGGAAUCUCAGUUAUUCUUGGAAGCUGGAACCAAAGCCAAAGUGACCCGAUGUCUGUCAUUAAGGGCCCGUGGAGUUACUUGUCCAUUUGUCUUUGGCUGUUUGUUGUUCAUUAUGUGUCCAAAAUUAUCUUGAGUGCUCAGUUGUAUAAAAUCCUCUAAGGAAAGUUUGGCCUAGAAUGGUUCCGGACUUUUGAAAUCAUCACGAAUGUAGUGUUUGCUAAACAAAAGGCCAUUAAUUCAAAAUAUUGUGCAAAGUCUGAUUAUCUUUUUGUACAAUUUUCUGCAGACAUCAACAGGAGUAGCAGGAAUUUAACUUUACCAUUAUUUUGGAGGACUCAGAAAUAUUUCUGGAAGCAAUCUUUAUUAAACUAAGAUUAAUCUUAAAGAGAAAUGACUUAAAAGGUUUUAUACAACUGUGCCCUCAUUUGUGAAGACAACUUUUUUUUUUUAAAUGAUAAUCUCUUAAAUCAGAGGACUCAAAUUGAAAUACGACCCGUAACAUCAACACUGAAAGCAGGUUGGCUGAUAUCUAGUUGCGCUCCUGUUGCAUCCAUGCGUAGGUCGUGUGUUUGUUUUUUCCCAACAAACUUGACCCUCAGGACAUCAGCCAUCCGUCCAUGGUGGUCCAGCUCUGUAGGAACUUAAUUAACGACUUGCUCGUAGAGGAAAUAGGCUGUAAAAACUCCAGCCCAUAGCCAGCGUACCCGCAGAAAGAGCCUUGGCUUGGUUUCUGCAGUCGGGUUUUGCCUUGUCUGGUUGAGUCUAGUCCCGCCUCACCUGGUUGUGUCAUUGUUACGAUCCCUCCGGCUUCGCAGCCUGUACUCACCCUGCUCAGUGUCACCAUUUGCUGAUUGCAUUGGUAAUAUUUGUACCAGCACAGGGCAGCGCAGUCACAUUAACAGCUACAGUGUUGACCAACAGUCAGUCUUACCUGCUUGUUGAUGUUCGGCCAAUCAGAUCACCUGGUGGCACCGAACGUGCUGUUUAUUUUGUCCAGUAGGACUUUUUUUUUUUAACUCCACCGCAAAAAAACUUUUGUCCUGAGGUCUGUUCCUACGCAUAGCUGCUUAACUCUGCACCACUCUGAGCGUCACAAACACUCACCUUAGAUCAUAUCGUCACAUGUAACCUUCCAUAUUAUCACAGCUUUUGUCGGCCGAUUAAAAGAAAACAACCUUGUCUUGGUAAAAUCUCAUACUUAAAACGAGAAACAGUAAAUAAGAAGUGUCUUGUAAUAUUUACAGCUCUGAAGUACUAACACAAAUCAUGAAGGCUGUAGAAAGACAAUAUAUGCCUUUCUUCUUUUUUUUUUUCUUGUAUUGUGAUAUCAGUGUUUGGUACGUUGUCAAAGGAGUCAAGAAGGAAAGGGUGAUAGUUUGUGGCAGUGGCGACUGAGAAAUAGUCAAACCUUUCAACACAUCAGCUAGUUUCUUCCCCAGCAAUCUAUAUUAAAAAAGAGUUACGACAACAGUCACCGGUCCGAUAUAUUCCCCAAUGACGAGGCCACUAGCUGUGUUUCUCUGACAGUGCUGUCCGUGUUCCGCCCUUUUUUUAAAUUUGGGAACUGACACUCAGGACCCACUGCCACUUCAAUCUCAGCCCCUCUCUACUCUUGUAGACUUCGGUUUGCCCAAAUAUAAAGGGAUUAAAUGUAUUUUACAAAUAAUACA